GUGUACAUAUCAAUGUAAAAAUACCCAUAUUAAGCAUAUCCGCAUGCAAAAACGCAUUUCUCCAUACUUGUAAUCCAAUCUCCCCUUUAAGAUACACAUUGGAGGCGCCGCGCAGACGUAAAAAAUAUAAACAACCCCAAAGAAUGGCAUCUAUAUGAUGAUACGAAAGUUAGAAAAAACCACCCUGAUGACUAAAAAAGCAAGCCAAAAUAUGUUUCAUUAUUUCAAAGAUAAUCCGAGCCCUAAUUAUUCUUCCAUUAUAUUUAUUUUAAAUAUGUUGUUGGCAUUCUUGACUUUUAUUUGUUGA